AUGUCAAUCAAAGUCAAGAAUGUUCCCGUCGUUGAGCCAUACGGCAACCCUGCGCCCUUUGCGGAGCCGGCGUGGUACAAUACCCUGGCUUCUCCUUACUAUGAUGAAAGCCAUCGGAGGGUGAGGGACUACGUGCGCAAGUACAUCGAGGAGCAUAUCGCGCCCAAUAUUCAAGAGUGGGAAGAGAAGGGACAUGUCCCCCAUGAAGCAAGAAUUCACUUUGCCAAAUCAGGCUUGGCUUUCCCAGAGUUGCCGCGUGAAUAUGCUGGCGAUGUUCCAUUACCAGGCAAUGUCCCAGCUGAGAAAUGGGAUAUCUUUCACUCGCUUGUUGUUAGCUACGAAGCUAGUAGAAUAUGGGCUGCCGGAGUGUCUGUGGGACUCAACGGCGGCACGACAAUCGGCGUACCUCCUGUCAUCCAUCAUGGCACAGAAGAGCAGAAGAAAUGGUGGCUUCCUGGGCUUGUUAACGGGAAAACAAACUUUUGUCUCGGUUGUACUGAGCCUACUGGCGGCUCCGAUUUGGCGAAUUUGAAGACCACGGCAACCAAAUCAGAUGAUGGAACAUAUUACACAGUCAACGGCCACAAGAAAUGGAUCAGCGGUGCGAUACGUGCUAGCCACAUGACAACUGCUGUAAGGACUGGAGGCCCUGGUAUUAAGGGCAUCUCAGUCCUGGUCAUUCCUCUUGAUCUUCCCGGCGUUUCUCGACGCAAGAUUAGUAAUAGUGGAUGGAACGCUGGAGACAGCACAUGGGUGACACUGGACAAUGUCAAAGUACCUGUCAACCACCUCAUCGGGCAGGAGAACGCUGGGUUUCAGUACAUUAUGACCAACUUCAACAAGGAACGAUUCAUCCUUGCUGUACUCAUGAACGGCCAGGCCAGAAUUUGCCUGGAAGACGCCUGGGCAUAUGCCAUAGACCGCCACACAUUCGGCAAGCCACUCAUGUAUCAUCAGAUCAUUCGACAUAAGCUCAUCACAAUGGCGCGCUACAUCGAGUCGCACUGGGCCUGGCUCGAACAGAUUGCGUAUCAUGCUCACACUACCGGCUCAAUGGGCACAGAACUAGCAUCAAGGAUCGCCAUGGCCAAGAUUCACGGCGGACGUCUUCUAGAGCUCGCGAACCGGGAGGCACAGCAAAUAUUUGGUGGUGCUGGAUAUCAGCGUGGCGGCGUUGGGGCUCGCGUCGAACAGAUCAGCAGAGACCUUCGAGUGAACAUCGUCGGUGGCGGAAGUGAGGAGAUCAUCACGGACUUGGCUGUUCGGCAAGAGAUUGGCGCAGCUGUGAGUAGAGGCGCCAAGUUAUGA